AUGGAGUGUCGAGACAUCACACGUGCAACUAUAGAAGUGCCCAAUAAUGUUUCGGUAACAGAUAUCGCCAGUGAAACGGCAAGCGCACCUGUUUGUGUCACUGUUGGUCAACAAGGCUUGAAUGGUUCUGUAAUCCAAAUCGAGGACUAUUCGAAUGGACGUGGACUACAACCUCCCGAAGGCCCUUCAGUUGCAUAUAAGUCAAGGUUGGAGAGCGCUAAUCAAAAUUUGAGCAUUUCUGGGAACGAAGAGACCACUUAUCAAUCCCAGACUCGCGGAAUUGACACCUACAACGCCGACUCUGUCGCGUGGGGUUCGGGUCAGCUACACAAUCAAAACCACGGAUGCCCUCAGGGCGGUAAUAUGCCUUAUCAGUCCUCGGCUUGCGGAUUUGAUGACUAUGAGCCUGUCGCAUUAGUUCCAGGACAGCUUUAUGAUCAAGAUCACGGACGCCCUCAAGACGCGAGCGGCCCUUACCAGACGUCGGCUCGCGGAUUUGACAACUAUAACGCCGAGUCAGUCGCGUGGGGGUCAGGUCAGCUCCACAAUCAAGACCACGGAUGCCCUCAGGGUGGUAAUAUGCCUUACCAGUCCUUGGCUUGCGGGUUUGACAAAUAUGAGCCUGUCGCGUUGGUUCCAGGUCAGUUUUACAAUCAAGACCACGAACGCCCUCAAGAUGCAAGCGUUCCUUACCGGAAUUUGGCUCACGAGCCUGGUUACCCCAUCCUUUGA